GCGUUUGCACCGGUGCCCUGUGCAGCUGCUGAACAAAGCGAGCCACAGCUUAACGCUUGGAGGAAUAAUGCCUGAAACAUGCUGUGAGGCUCCUGAAAAGAAUUACUGCYGGAACAGGAAUGCUCCGAGUUGGGCUUCUGUGUUAAGCAUUAGAGGUGCUUGCAAGAACUGAUGAGUUGCAGAACUGAGGACGUCUAGGACUGUCCUGACAGUCCAAACCAGCAUAACRGAGCUGGCACUUGGAGGUGUGAAAAGUCAUGUUCUGCAAAGCCAGACAGCGAUUUGUCUGCAGCUGACCUGCUAAUCUCCUGUGAUCUCUGCUGUACCAGACACGCAGCCACUUCAGCCUCAGGACAAGUGCCCUCUCUGUGUGGCGGAGGGGUGGUUAGAACAAGAGUAUUAAUUCAAGUCUUGGUUCUGGACUUCCUGCCCUGCAACCUGUGCACACCUCUCCUCAGCUAUGAGGAAAUCGAUAGGAUUUCAGGUCUGUGUGGUUGCCUGCAGCAUCCUGCUCUUAUCACCAUGCCUUGCCUCUCAGGACCUGGAGGAGAGGGAUAUGACAAAGCUCCAGCCUGGCCCAUGGGCAGAGAAUGGGGUAGAAGAUGAAAGGACAAGUCUGUCACAUUUGAAAAAUAUCCUGGACCCCUCUGAGCAAACAGUCCUGGAAGAGCCAUUUGGAGUGUCAGCAAAGUCAUCUGAGAUGCCCUUAAGUGAAGCCUUCACCGUUGAAAGAGAAAUACAGCCUGCAAGCCCAAGUCCUGUCUUCCCAAGCAGCCAGAGCCUGAAUGUUUACACCCCUGCUGGGGCAGUGAGUGCUACAGAAGGGAAGGAACUUGGUCCCGUGAAGUCAGAGAAGGAGCUGAAUGACAAUGGUGAGCUCAAGGCCAUGCUGACCACAGCUGUGACCACCCUGAGCCCUUCCAUGGAGGAGGAACCUGUCAGUGGCCCUGUUAGCCAGACCCCUGUGGAGGAUGGUGCUGAAGCAGAGCCUGGCUUUGCCAGUGUCCUGGCAGCUGUCACAGAAAGRGAAUUUACUGCAUUGGAGAAGGCAGAGAGUAACUUGGACAGUUCAACUGCACCCCAAUUCCCCAGUGAGCAAGUUUCCACUUUGCUCCCCAGCACUCCCAGUCUGGAAGUGGCAAGUGACUACUCGGUCACCCCUAGUCCUGAGCCUCAAAGUGUGGACUCGGAAGCUGAAACACCAAGUGCAAACAUGGGGAGCCCUCUGCAGAUCCUGACUGURCCAGGACACGUUGCUGCAAACCUCCCUCUUGCACCUACUGAGGCUUCCUUCCCUCUGGAAGCAGGGACGGAUGGCAGGCAAGGAGAGCUGCCUGUCACAGCUAGCACUGUCACUGUCCAGCCAACUGACUCUGUGCCAGCUGAYUGGGAUGACACAAAACCAGGGAAUAUAAGUCAAGGGGGAAACCUGCAGCAUGAGGAGAUGAGAAAGGAUCAAGYGGCAGCAGAACCACCUCAAACCCCACAGGGAGAUGUGGGGGAGGAAGAUKAUGUGACAAGAGUGCUGCCAUCCCCGGUAUCUGCUCCAGCAACCUCUGGCACUGCCAAGGAGAGCAACUCURCAGCUCUGGUGUCAGCGCAGGGGGAGGAAAUGCCAGGAGCCCCCACAGGCCGCAAUGAUGUUUCUCUCGCUGUGAGCUUGACAGGAAUAGACACAUCUGAUUUAAACUCUCUGGAAAAUACAGACAUAGCCACAGCAGAGGAAAGGGAAAGCAUUGCUCUGUCACUGCCAGAGGCUGCCGUGGUGACAGAGACAAAAUUGGAUGUCCUUCCUGCUCUGGGAAGCUCACUAGAAGGUGUCACACAGGAGAUGACAACAGUUCCCCAGGAUCCUGAUGCUGCACCAUCGGUUGUGAUGUUGGCACCUGAUGCUACCCAGGGAACUGGAGAUGCAAGUCUUCCUUGGGAGGAAAGUGGGAAGGAUACCUGGAUGCCAGCUGUUUCCAGUGCCACACAGAUGUUGACAGCAACUGAUGCUGCUUCCACAGCAGAAACUUCAGAUGUUGAGGAUUUCACAGAUGUGAUCCCAGACACCAGUGAAAAGGCUGUUCCACCUCCUGGUGAUUACUCUGCUACCCAGUCUGGACAGACAGAGGAGCCACCCAGCAGAACAGUGGUGCUGGUGACACCAGCAUCAAUGGCUUCUGUGAGGAGGACAGCUCUUCCAUCCGUGAGGAAGAUCAGUACGGCUGUGACCUACGGGCUGGACCGGCUGGAGUCAGAAGAGGGUGAGGAAGAAGAGGAGGAAGAAGAAGAGGAGGAAGAGGAGGAGGAGGAAGAGGAAGACGAGGAGGACAAGGACAUAGACUCGAUGGAUGAAAGCCUGGAGGGUGACACGGAGCUGCCAGGCUUCACACUGCCGGGUGAGACCUCCCAGGAGCCCCUGGCUGGUCUGGAGAACGCCGCGGCGCAGCUGGCUGGGGUGUCCUACCAGGUUCCCGAUACCAUCGAGUGGGAGCAGCAGAACCAGGGGCUGGUGAGAAGCUGGAUGGAGAAGCUGAAAGAUAAGGCAGGAUACAUGUCGGGAAUGCUGGUUCCUGUAGGAGUGGGGAUAGCCGGAGCCCUCUUCAUCCUAGGAGCACUCUACAGCAUUAAGAUCAUGAAUCGCCGAAGGAGAAAUGGCUCCAAGAGGCACAAAAGAAAGCAGAGGGAAUUUAACAGCAUGCAGGACCGAGUAAUGCUCUUAGCUGACAGCUCAGAAGAUGAAUUCUGAGCCCAACUGCGGAGCCGCUGCGAGACCCAGUGACUUUGGAAGCACAGGAGGGGGAGAAGACCAACAAGGAGGAGUUUCUGCUGCAUUGCUGCUCCCAGCCGCGCGGCGCCAGCGGGCAGGGGCCGGCGCCACGGCAUGCUCUAACCCACAUGUAAUGCGCAGUGAUGUUUGUUUUGAUACACUAGUGAGAUUUCUCAUUCACACCGGCACCUCAUGCAGAUCCACGGCACAUGCUGUUCCAGCUGGAGCUGAGGCAUAGGGAGGGGUAUUUGCCUGUUAUCCUGGUAUACUCUUUUCGUCCUGGCUGGCAGUAAGCUGAUUGUAACGAUAGCUCUCACCCUAAUCGGCGAAUGGAAAUUUUUACUGUGGAUGACUCUGUCCAAUUUGUUGUUUUUUAAAUGUUACAUUACCUGAGCUAGAGUUCAUUAGUGCUAAAAUUAGCUGCUCUGCUUAAUGAAUGAGUUAUAUACUUCAACUAUAUCCCUUGUCAACUGAGAAGUGCCCAAGUACAGUGUCGUUGAUACAGUUUGAAACAUAUUUCUACACUCUUUAACCCAAUAUCUCACCCGUUCUUCCCCCAAACUCCCUUCAGCUCUGCUCCACGCUUCUCGGAAACACAUGGGAAUGGCUUCAACACCUGAUUCACAACAAAAACCUUAGUCCA